UGCCUGUCACUGUUCUUAUUAUACCUCAGUGGUCACGGCUGUGUUUACACAUUUGACUGGUGCUAGCAACCAUUGAGCGUUGGAAGCUUGUAGGCUCUGUGUUUAAUUUCUUGAAUUGGAAAUAAACAGACAAUUUCUGCAUGGCUAUGUUGUGAGCAAACACGUAGCAUAGGUCCCAAAGAAGAGGCGUAAGUAUCUCUAUUCAAGAGAACAUAUUUUGACAGCAGGCGAGGGGCAAUAUUGGCUUGAGUUCGGUACACCGGCAUGGCAGCGGCAACAGUGGUCGAAAAUGAUCCGACGGCGAGCGAAGGCGGUGCCGCAUCAUUCUCGGAGCCGGAGGUCCACAGCCCUAUCUGGAACGAAUCUCAACUUCGAAAGUAUCCUUUCCAGACCAGACCGAUACCCAGACUCUCUCACACGGAUCCUAGAGCUGAGAUGCUCAUAAACAACGAGGAACCAGUGGUUUUAACAGACACCAAUCUAGUGUAUCCGGCUCUCCAGUGGGACAUCCCGUACCUGCAGGAGAACAUUGGAAGCGGGGACUUCUCCGUGUACAUCGCAGAAAACCACAAAUUCCUCUACUAUGACGAGAAGAAAAUGGCCAACUUUGAGAACUUUGUACCCAAGUCUCGACGGAUAGACAUGAAAUUCUCGGAUUUUGUGGAGAAAAUGCAAAAAAUGCAGGAAGAGGGAGGAGAUGAGAGGGUGUACCUGCAGCAAACCCUGAACGACACAGUGGGCAGGAAGAUCGUGGUGGACUUUCUGGGUUUCAACUGGAACUGGAUCACCAAGCAGCAGAGCAAGAGGAACUGGGGCCAGCUCACCUCCAACCUGCUUCUCAUAGGCAUGGAGGGCAACGUGACGCCAGCCCAUUACGACGAGCAGCAGAACUUCUUUGCACAAAUCAAAGGUUACAAGAGGUGCAUCCUGUUCCCUCCCGACCAGUUUGAGUGUCUCUACCCCUUCCCUGUUCACCACCCCUGUGACAGACAGAGCCAGGUUGACUUUGAGAACCCUGACUAUGAGAGGUUUCCCAACUUCAAGAAUGUGGCGGGCUAUGAGACUGUGGUGGGCCCCGGAGAUGUUCUGUACAUCCCCAUGUACUGGUGGCACCAUAUUGAGUCCCUGCUGAGUGGUGGAGUGACCAUCACUGUCAACUUCUGGUACAAGGGUGCACCCACGCCCAAGAGGAUAGAGUACCCACUGAGAGCUCAACAGAAGGUGGCCAUCAUGAGAAACAUAGAGAAGAUGCUAGGGGAGGCACUGGGAGACCCACACGAGGUUGGUCCUUUAUUGAAUAUGAUGAUUAAAGGCCGAUAUGACCAGGGAUUCAGCUAGGUACUGCCUCAGAACUGUCUGUAUGUGUGUUUGUGCGUGCCCAGGACAUACACCUGAUUGUGUGUUUGUAGGUGAGCGUGUGUGUGCAGACACGUGUUUGUGCAUUCAGACUGUUGAGCUAGCAGUGACUUGGCCAAUCAGCCAUUUUGACUCUGUUUUGAUUGUCUGGGAGCCAUAAUCAUCGCAACUUCAGCCACCAGUGGGAAGACAAUAGUGGACGGACGGACCAGCCAUGGAGACCCUCGUGUAGUAUGCUGUCAGAGAGUGCUACUCAGUUGAGGAACUGUGUAAACUACACAAUGUAGAGUUGUGGUAUUUUUGUGGGAGUCGAGCGAUAGGCAGCCGUGUAGGUAUCAAAGAAUAACCCCCAAACACCCUCAAAGUGGAAGUUGCCCAUAAUUAACCACUGAUGCAGGGUCAGAUAUUAGACAUUCUAUCAUCACACGCAAUAAGAUUGGGGUUGGGAAAAUCUGAUCCUAGAUCUGUAGUUGGGGGUGUGUUGUUAGUCAUAACCAACAAGAUAAUCCCUUCCUCUAUUCAACCGCUCCCCUGUCAUUACAGUUUGGAACCAUAGCAACACACAUGUAGCUUGAAUAUUAAAUAGGGAAUAGAUUUGUAGUAACUAAAGUAGCCCUACUUAUUUUAUGACAAACUUCUCAAUUAAUUUGCGGCACAUGCACCCUGAAAGAGAUGAGUCAUAUUCCUGUUCUUCUGUUGAUUUAAUGGUUGACUAGUCAGACUGGUUGACUAGUCAGACUGGUUGACUAGGUCAGAUUGGUUGACUAGGUCAGACUGGUUGACUAGUCAGAUUGGUUGACUAGGUCAGACUGGUUGACUAGUCAGAUUGGUUGACUAGGUCAGACUGGUUGACUAGUCAGACUGGUUGACUAGGUCAGACUGGUUGACUAGGUCAGACUGGUUGACUAGUCAGACUGGUUGACUAGGUCAGACUGGUUGACUAGUUUUUCUUCAGUAAGCUGUUUUUUGUUUCUGUAUGAUUGCUGAACAUUUCUAUGUUACAGCCGACAUACGUUUUCUUUGAUGGUGUGUUUUUGUGUACAUUCAGGCGUAACUGAUUUUCUGUUGGUGUGUUAUUAUUUUUUGUUGUUGUAAAUUUGUUAUGAUACAUGGUACAAUUAAGUUCAUGAGGAUGGGCUAAAAAGUAUUUAAAGUUAUUUCAAUUGCAGCUGCACAGUAAAAUAAGAAUAUUAUCAACCCAACAUGCUUUCAGUGUAAUGAUUGAAGACAUCUCACCAGUUUUGCGAUUGAAAUUGAUCCUAAAACAGGGUUUCCCAAACUCAGUCCUGGGGCCUCCCCUGGGUGCACGUUUUGUUUUUUGCCCUAGCGCUACACGGGGGGGGGGGGGACCUGUCCUAAACAACAGUUAUGUUUUGCUCCGGUAACAGUGACAAUACGUUAACCCUAUAUUAUUUUAAAUUAAAUCAAAUUUAAAAGUUGUUCUACUUGUAGUUAUUACAUCUGUAUUUCUUAGUACUCCUACCAAGACUGUACCUAGUGGAUGGUUUGCGUGCGUGCCUCUCCAAUCUCACACUUCCCCUACUGUUGCUGUUUUUUCUCUCAAUUCUUUAGGAAGGAUGUCAAAGUGUGUGUGUGUGUGUGUGAGAGUUCAGUUGAAUUCUGGUUGUUAUUGUGCCAUUGUAAAGUGUUUCUAGUGAACACCACUUCAACAGGUGCAGUUUAGAGCACAGGACCGAUUUAAAGCACUCUACUUUUGGAAGUGCUGUGUGCCAAACCAGGUGUGUCCUUACAGGGUUGGGGCUAUUUCCAUUUCAAUUUGGUCAAUUCAGGAAGACAACUGUCAUUUCAAUUUUCCUCAAUGAUUUUCUGUGAGGAAAAUGUGGAUUUGGAAUUUUUGUUUACUUAAUGUAAACAAUGUUCAGAAAGCUGUAUGUAUGGAGGCCCUGGUGUGACAUUGGUUAUAUUGACUAUUUGACUUACAUUGGUAAUGUGAUGAUUUUAAGCUGCAUCAUAUUCAUUUGUUAUUAAAAGUAAUAGCCUAGUUAAACCAGUCUGACCACGGCUGUGUGAAUGGUGAACGCAGCAUUCAGUCUGAUUUAUCUACUAGGCUAAUAUACUAAUGCUGCAUGUUCAAUUCCUACACCUUCAGUGACUGACAAAACAUUUCUAGGGGAGUUUCUAUGUUCUAGCAUUUUCCCAAAAGCAUGUAUUGUACUCCUCUGGCUUUCUAAAAACAUAUGGAAUCCAUCAAUGGGAAUGUUCAUAUCUUAUUGUUUGUAUUUAGGCUAAUAUUCUAAGAAUGUUCAUGUCAAGGGAGUGUGUGCUUGAUUGUUGAUAGUAUAUCAAUAUUGUUGAUGAAUAGACUAGUUAUUCAAUUAAGUGUUAUUUGACAGUUAAGUCUGAGGUUAAAUUGCUCUCCUACCUGUGUGCCUAGCUUGGUUAUGACAUGGCUCAAGAAACAGCAAGAACAAUUAUUUUUAUUAAAGGAUCUUUUUAUUUAAUUUUUUCAUUAUGCAGCUUUAAAUGCAAAACCUGAACAGGGUUAAAUGAAAACUAUCAUCUCUUUGCUGUGUUUUAUUUUUAUUUUACAAAUACAAAACAGUUUUCUGGGUUCCUGCACUUGUAUGAUUUGAGUUUGUCUGCUGUAUGUAUUUUGCACUGAUUUCAAAAUGACAGCUGAACAAGGAGUUCUAUUGUUGUGCUAGUGGCUUUGUAAUAAAAUUUUUAACUUUAUUGAUCAAGUCCUUGUAUAAGUCAUCACAGCGGUUUGGUGUCAAAUUCAAGUCUGUCAUUGCAGAGAUUCAUUGUUAGGAAAUACAGUGGGGAGAACAAGUAUUUGAUACACUGCCGAUUUUGCAGGUUUUCCUACUUACAAAGCAUGUAGAGGUCUGUAAUUUGUAUCAUAGGUACACUUCAACUGUGAGAGACGGAAUCUAAAAUUUUAUGACAAACUUCUCAAUUAAUUUGCGGCACAUGCACCCUGAAAGAGAUGAGUCAUAUUCCUGUUCUUCUGUUGAUUUAAUGGUUGACUAGUCAGACUGGUUGACUAGUCAGACUGGUUGACUAGGUCAGAUUGGUUGACUAGGUCAGACUGGUUGACUAGUCAGAUUGGUUGACUAGGUCAGACUGGUUGACUAGUCAGACUGGUUGACUAGUCAGAUUGGUUGACUAGGUCAGACUGGUUGACUAGUCAGAUUGGUUGACUAGGUCAGACUGGUUGACUAGGUCAGACUGGUUGACUAGUCAGACUGGUUGACUAGUCAGACUGGUUGACUAGGUCAGACUGGUUGACUAGUCAGACUGGUUGACUAGGUCAGUAAGCUGUUUUUUGUUUCUGUAUGAUUGCUGAACAUUUCUAUGUUACAGCUGACAUACGUUUUCUUUGAUGGUGUGUUUUUGUGUACAUUCAGGCGUAACUGAUUUUCUGUUGGUGUGUUAUUAUUUUUUGUUGUUGUAAAUUUGUUAUGAUACAUGGUACAAUUAAGUUCAUGAGGAUGGGCUAAAAAGUAUUUAAAGUUAUUUCAAUUGCAGCUGCACAGUAAAAUAAGAAUAUUAUCAACCCAA